GCUGUCAAGAACCGACAUGAAGAAACCUCUACUGUGUUGAUUGAUCAUGGAGCCAAUGUAAAUUCGGCUGAUCAAAUAAAUUCUACUCCGUUAAUGUAUAGCAUCAGCUAUGCGCUAACUGAAGUUUUUAAGAAACUUCUGGAGCAAAAGUGUGAUUUAGAUAUUCCUAACCAUGAUGGUAAAACUUCUCUGCAUUUAGCUGCUUUGCAAGGAAAGUCCACACAUGCUAAACUUCUAAUCGAGAGUGGUGCUGCCAUUAACAUAAAAGACGAUUUAGGAAGGGGCAUGACGCCUUUGAUGUUUGCUAUCAUCGACGAAAGCCCUUCCAUAGUACAACUACUUCUGGAAAGCGGAUGUGACGUG